CAAGUUAACAUUGAACAAAACUCACAUUUUCUGGCUGUGCUUCGAAUAACAGACUGUCUAGGGAAACAGACUGGCCAAUGCAAAAUAAACAGGCACUGGCAACGUAUGUUUUGUGCUGGGCGUAAAGGGCGUUUGGUGUCCAGAAACAUUGGCCAAUUUGUUUCCCAAGACAAUCUGUACGUCGAAUUAGGUGCAAAAUUGGCAAUAACUUCAACGCCAGAGAAUUAACAAAUCACUCCAAACGCUUAAAUUGCUUAUGCUUAUCCACCCUUUUCUUAUGUUGCCCCAUAUAAAUAAUAUUAUAUUUGCAGAUUUUUUGCUUUGCCAAUACAUAUAAAUUAUGCUUGGGCUGAAAAGCAAACUCAGUUACAGGGGUAGUCGACAUUCGCGACUUUCGCGACAUCCCCGAGCGCGAGCUGCAGAAAAACAACACAAAGCAGAAACUGUCAAAUCUGAAAAGUCUCCGACUCGCUAAACUCGCUGCGUAAAAUGUUUGGUUAAAAUUGCCGGUUUCUGUGACUUCCGUUACAAAUCCUGCUUACUAAAUGCCAGCGUCACCCUCGUGGGAUGUGGACAACCGGAGAGCAGGAACACAGCCAAAAAAUGAUGCCACAUCAACCCAUUUUUGCUGGGCCCGAUCGGUUUGGACCUGUGCUGGAGGAGGGCAAGGUUAAUUUGAGGACCACGAACGACGUGGGGGUUCCGUCGUCCUGCGCCUGCUGGAGGUCGAGCAUCCAGCCACAAGGUGCUCUUAACGUUGGUCCAGAUCCAGAACGAGAAGUUCGAUGGACGAACCUCGUCAGUUGUCGUCAUCGUUAUCAAGUUGCUGGUAAUGUAAAAGAUUCCCCUGGCUUAUAUCACCGAUUCGGCUAUCAGCUGGGCUGCAAGGUGGACGAGUUGGAUCGUGAAAUGAACACAAUUCAAAAAUGUGGUUUCCGGAUGUUGCUGCGCCGUUUUGACCCUUUCAAUUUAUCUCGUUGAGUUCGUUGGAACAGCAGGUCAUCGCCGAGUAUGCCACUUUACUGAUGAUGAUCUAAAAAUCCUCCGCCGUCACCGCUGCCAAGGACGCUACCGAUUGCAUGGCCAGCUUCUACUGAAGCAAUCGGCCUUGGCUUAGUUCUACAGGUUUGUUUUAGUAUUCAGCUUCCUCUUUAAAGCUUGUGGUUAGUCAAAAUGAUUAUUAUUAUUAUUGUUUUUUUAGGUCGCAUUGCACGACAGUCACAAUAGUUUCAAAACGGAGACAUCGGUCUUCGCUGGGGAGAAGUGCACAAUCACACGCCGUGGAGUACCGACGUUGCGCCGCUCUGUCGGUUCCGGGCUAGCUUUGCGCGAGGUCACAUGAUUACAAUCUUUGUCGAGCUGAAUCCUGCUAAGAGAUGCUGUUUGAACAUCAAAAGAGCAGCAUGCUGAACACGAGUAAGAUUACUUUUUAUUUCCAUCCUUUUCUGGAUUAUUUGUUUGAUUAGUUUUUCAUUUCUACUUAA